AUGGACAACUGGACCAAAAUCCAAGCGAACAUCACGAAGGGCGUGAAAGAGAUCACGGAUCUCUUCACGUCCACGGGCCCGGACCUCCCGGAGACGGACAUGGAGAUGUGCUUGGAGGCGGACCGCGCGUACGCCGAAGUCGCCGCGUCGUCGAGCUCGGACCGGGCGGCGCAGGACACCGCGCGAUUUCGCCUCGCGUGGGCGCUCGCGCACUCGAAAGCCGCGGGGCACGCGACGCGCGCGAUCGAGCUCUUGCGCGACCGCACGUACGAAUGGGGCGACGCCGUGCUGCCGAGGGACCGGCGGUACAUCACCGCGGUCGCGCACUUCAACGAGGGGGACUACCUCAGCGCGAAGGAAGCCGCGACGGACGCGUUGCGGCACGACCGGGAGUGCCGACAAGCGGAGGCGCUGAAGACCGCCGCGGAGGAGAAGAUCGCGCGGGACGGAGUGAUCGGCGUGGGCGCCGUGUCCGUGGGCGCGGCGGUCAUCGGCGGGUUGAUCGGCGCGCUCGCGUCGUCUUCGUCGAGGAGGCGAUGA